AUGAAUAAUUUUGUUUAUAAAAAUAUUAAAGAUAAUGAUAGCGAUAGUACUUUGGAUGAUAAUCUUACCAUUCGUAGUGAUAGUAUCUUAUUUGAUAAUUACGAAGAAAAUAAGGAUAAUCUUGAAACUGCAAAGAUUUAUGCAGAGAAAAUGAAAGCAUUGAAUAAAAAUAAUAAUACAAGUGAUUUCUUGGAUGAUAGUUCUAUUACUGAUAUUGGACAUAUUGAUACUACUGAAACAAUUGAUGAUGAUAUUUCAUUAAAGAUAGAUUCUAGCAUUAAAUCUUUAUCACCUUGUGUCAUUCUUAAUAUUAUAAAUGAUCAAAUUAAACAAUGCAGCAAUAUUUCUAUGAAUCAAUAUCCUCUUGCACAAUUAUUAUAUACUUGGGAAAUUAAUAAAGAGAUAUUCCAAAAAGCUUAUAAAAUGGGAAUAUUCAAAGUCUUGGAGUUUGUUCAUCACAUUUCUCUUAUGAUGCUGCUAAAUUAUAUUCAACUACAAGUAAAAAGGAACGAUCUAUAA